AUGACUUCCUCUCGGCCGUUUGCGUUGAUUCUGUUCUUUACUAUGGUAAGUCUAGUAAAGUAUGUUAACAUAACACACUAGCUGAUUGUUAUCGUAUCUGGUGCAGACGAAAACAGCACGUUCAAAGAAAGAGAGAACUAUCGUAUGUUCAUUUUAUUGUGCGGGAACGGUGCCAUUUUGCUUCUGGUGGGUGUGCUCACGUUGUCAUCGUUCGCUUUCCAAAUUUUGUACCCAAAAUUGAGUAGAUAUGUAAGAAAACAUGGAGGAGACAAAACCACAAUUGACGUGAGUUUACAUAGAAGUUUUUAAAGUUCAUACAUUUGCUCAUCUACCAAAGAUCGUUUUUUACCAGAAUAACCAAACCAACUCAUUUGUUUCAGAACACUAACAUUGACUGCAGACUUCCUGGAUGCAUGGGGCCUCGGAUUCGACCGAUAUAA